AUGGCCCUUGCAGAGACAGGACUCACUCUGCUUGUGUGGUGGAAUCCCCGUGCACUGUUGUAUGACAUUAAGAAGGUGAAUCCAAAGAGGACCAUAGAUGUAGGGUCACUCCAAGUAAACCCUGACGGGACACAAGAGAGUAGUAAGGUUCCUUUAGCAAAGUCAGAGAGCAACUUAACAGAGUUGUUGGGACAGAAAAGGAGAUGGGAGAGAUUUGCUCCUAGCUCUCAUGGAAAGCGUGCAAAAAAAAAAAAACAACCCGAAGACCCCAAAAAAAGCCAUGGGGUUGUGCUGGCCGUGGCCUUUCAAGCAGUUGGAGACUUGAAAGAGGCAGGCAAGCGAGCCAGCGUGCACGCUCGGAGGGCCGGAGCUCCCGGCGAGGAGCACAGGCAGCAGCUCUGCCUCGGUCACCGCCAGCUCGGGUGGGAAAGUAUCGUAGAAGAGUAUGAAGAUGAAAUAUUCUCACUUAUCGCCCAAGAGGCAGACUAUCUAGCUGACAAGCUGUGCAGUGAAAAAUCAGCCCCAGUGGACGAUGGCAAAAAAAACCCCAACCCCGAAUGGCCAAAAAUCUGCUGCAAAGGCAAAGGCAAAGUCUCACCGUGGGGAAGCCAAAGCAACGCCGUGUUGGGAUGUGUCUGCACCCAGGAGGAGCGGGAGAGCCAACCGAGGCAGUACGGGCAGUGGAGAGAGAAAAACUCAUCCGAGCGUGAAGUGGCGAAGAGUCCGAACAAUCGUCACGACAAGAGGAAACGCGUCUCAGCCCGGCUCAACCUCGCCUAUCCCAGAUGA